ACGAGUUGUGUCGAGACAUCGAUGGCCUCAAGAAGCAGAUCCGCGUCGAGAGCCAUAAAUACAGACAAUCGGAGUGCGAGUGGAUGGCAGAGGACCAGAGGUUCGACGCCAUUGGCCGCCAAUUGGACGACAAACGCAAACAAAGAGACACUCUAACCGAUGGCAACCGACAGAUGGCUAAACACGUGGAGGCGUUGGCGCAGACGCGUGAAGACUUGAGCCAAAUAUGCGUCGCCUCUGAGAAGGAGUUGAAUCGUAUGGCCGAAGACAUGGCGUACCGGUCGACGCAAACGGAGACACUUCUGGAGGACUAUCGGCGCCAAUACGACGAGAAGGAGAAGGCGUACGAAGUGUUGGCCCAUUACGAGGACCAGUUGUGGCCGUCGAACGGAUCCACUGGUGAUCCCGAGUCCGCGGCCGACAAGACUCGCGAGUUUCGCGCCAUUCAACAGGAGAUCCAAGCGCUUGAGCACCGGUGGGCUGAGGUUAAGGCGCAGCGAACG